AUCGGUCAACUAAAAAAUACACACCGAUGGAAAUAAUAAAUCAACUUGCCAGAUUGUGACGUACCAUACACAUCUCUGUAGUCUUUUGCCAACCAACGUUCCUCACGUGCUCCGCCGGUUGGUAAUCACGUGUCCGGCAGCUUCUUAGUUCCUACAAUCUGUUUUCUUCAACAAACGAUUCUUGAUCUCUAGUGUCUUAUUUAUAAUGUCUUCGUAGCACAUAGAAUUGUACCAAAACCUACAUAGAAAAAUCUUUGCCUAAAGCACAAUCCAUCUUUGUGACACAAACAAAAUGGUAAGUCAGAGAGAGACCGUGUGUGUGACCGGCGCUUCAGGAUUCAUUGGUUCAUGGCUAGUGAUGCGAUUACUAGAACGUGGUUACUUUGUUCGUGCCACUGUUCGCGAUCCUGGGAAUUUGAAGAAGGUGAAACAUCUCCUUGACUUGCCAAACGCCAAGUCGAAACUCACUUUAUGGAUGGCCGAUUUGUCUGACGAAGGAAGCUACGAUGACGCCAUAAAAGGAUGCGACGGUGUUUUCCACGUGGCAACUCCCAUGGAUUUUGAGUCAAAAGACCCUGAGAACGAAGUGAUAAAACCGACAGUGAAUGGAAUGUUGGGGAUAUUGAAAGCAUGUGUCGAGGCAAAGACUGUACGAAGAUUCGUAUUUACUUCAUCUGCGGGAACUGUUAACGUCGAAGAAAAUCAGAAGAGUGUCUAUGAUGAACAAGAUUGGAGUGAUCUUGAGUUUAUCAUGUCCAAGAAGAUGACAGGAUGGAUGUAUUUCGUGUCGAAAACAUUAGCGGAGAAAGCAGCGUGGGAUUACGCCGAGGAAAAAGGAUUAGAUUUCAUUAGUAUUAUUCCAACAUUGGUGGUCGGUCCAUUCAUCACAACAUCUAUGCCGCCUAGCCUCAUCACCGCGCUCUCUCCUAUCACUCGGAACGAGGCACAUUACUCGAUCAUUAAACAAGGACAGUAUAUGCAUUUGGACGAUCUAUGUAAUGCUCAUAUCUUCUUGUACGAAAAAACUGCUGCCAAGGGACGUUAUGUUUGUUCCUCUCACGAUGCCACCAUUCUUACUAUGUCCAAAUUUCUCAGGCAAAAAUACCCCGAAUACAACGUACCUUCAACGUUUGAAGGUGUUGAUGAGAAUCUAAAGGGCAUUGUGUUCAGUUCCAAGAAGCUGACUGAGGUGGGGUUUAACUUCAAGUAUAGUCUCGAGGAAAUGUUUGUUGAAUCUAUCGAGACAUGUCGACAAAAGGGGUUUCUCCCGGUUUCUAUGAACAAAGUUCCGAGUAAGGAUGACAAUAUUGAGCUCAAAACAGGAAUUGGACUAACCGAUGGUAUGAUGUCAUGUAACAAGACAGAACCAGGGGUAACCAGCGAGAGAAACGAUGCUCCCAUGCAAGGACAACAGAUGUGUGCUUAGAAAAUUCAACCGUUAUUAUAUUAUUAUAUUGUCAUAUCGAUUUACGAUUGGAGGUAUGAUUUGGGUUUGUCUUUACGUUACUAAUCAUAAUUUAUCAUUGGCGAGUGAUAUGAACUGAUUUUUAAUGUAUGUGUGAUCGUGUGUGAGUGUAACGGUAUAUGAAUGAACCUAUUUACGUAUUUUUAAGAGU